AUGAACGAUGAAUCGCGGCUUUCCCUCCCCAAUACAGCCCGCCUAUCGCCCGCGGCGAUUCCGAAGAUGCCCAUCGACACUGUCCCACUGCGGGACCUAGCCUUAGCGCCAACAGAGUCUUACGAGGCCGUCUCGGCUGGCCACAAGUCUGCACCACCUAUCGCGGAAUCACCCUGGGAAUUUGGUGCUGUUCAACCGGAUUUGAUCUUUAGGGCAUGUACGGAUAUUGUGCUCGAACCACCGAUGGCUGGUCCAGGAGUGCUACAGCCAUGA